AUGCCUCCUCCUCCACCACCACCACCUCCUCCUCCACCUCCUCCUGGAGGAUUUGGGGGUCCACCUCCACCACCGCCGCCGGGAGGAGCUCCAGGAGCUAUGCCAUCCAGACCACCUGCGAAGGUUGCUGCCAAUAGAGGCGCACUCUUGUCGGAUAUCACGAAGGGAAGAGCACUCAAGAAAGCUGUAACUAACGAUCGAUCGGCACCGAUAGUAGGCAAAGUAUCCAAUGGUUCUGGGCCGGCGCCAAUAGGAGGUGCUCCACCAGUACCGGGAAUGGCAAAACCUCCCAGUGGAUUUGGCGCACCGCCAGUACCAGGAGGAAAUAGAGCUCGAAGUGAUAGUAACCAAGGGAGCAAUAAUGCGGUCUCGGGGAUGGAACAAGCUCCACAGCUGGGAGGAAUAUUCGCAGGUGGCAUGCCCAAGUUGAAGAAACGAGGUGGAGGAGUGGAUACUGGCGCAAACCGCGACUCAUCGACUGCACCAGAACCAGAAUUCUCUGCUCCCAGACCGCCAGGUAUGGCUGCUCCCAGACCUCCAACAAACGCAGCUCCCCCUUUACCAUCAAUCAGGCCUCCUCCUCCUCAGCCCAGCGCUAGUACUCCCGCAUUUGCGCCCUCAGUUGCGAAUCUGAGAAAGACCGGCGGGCCAUCUAUUUCUCGUCCUGCAUCCUCAGCCUCUCUCAAAGGGCCACCACCCCCUAUUGGCAAAAAGCCUCCUCCACCGCCUGGGACUCGAAAGCCAUCAUCAGCGCUAUCAGGCCCACCACCACCGCCUCCAGCAUUCGCCCCUCCACCUCCUUCUUCAGCACCUCCGCCACCUGUUGCACCUCCGCCACCACCUUCCCCAGCUCCACGUCCUCCCAGUAAUCCACCUCGAUCACAUGCACCUCCUCCACCACCACCAACAUCUCCACCUUCGACUAAUGGAGGGAACCAAAGCCUUGCUAUGCAAGCUGCUAUUCGUGCUGCUGGUCAAGCAUCACCAAUGAGUGCACCUCCUCCUCCACCACCGCCACCUCCUCCAUCCAAUGGACCUCCCUCUAUAUCGUCACACAGAACACCAUCUCCGCCCGCUGCACCCCCAGCGGCACCAAUAUCAAGAAGUCAAAGUCAACAACAAGGAAGAACUCACACAAUGGACUCUAGUUCUUACACCCUCUCAUCAAAUGGCAGUUUACCACAAGCCUCUAGUUCUAGCAGAAGAAUCAUGAUCAAUGAUCCUCGAUGGAAAUUUACAGAUGAAUCAGUAUUUCCAAAACCUCGAGAUUUUGUUGGUGGACCCAAAAAAUACCGGGCUGGUCGUGGAAGUAGUGUUCCGUUGGAUCUGAGUGUUUUCCAUUAA